UUCUCAUCCUCCAGGCAGUGAGGGAAUGAUUGGGACAUUUCCUGGCAAUGUAAUAAAGUCAGCCUCUUAAGCUUUCUGGCCAAGAGGUAAGAAAGCCCCAGAGAAAGAGAUCACUGAAGAGAGACCACCAUACCCUUAGGCCACAUCUUUUUCGCUGAAUCUGCCAACGGGGACAGCCGCCUUCAUUCUGGACCCUCUCAGAGCUUUGCUCAGUACCAAGACACUUUGAAGUAUGUCAGAGGCUGGAAUGCUACUGCAGAAAUUCCUCCGGGGACAUCCCAUAGUUUUUGGGGCUCUUUUGAUGCUGAUUGGGCUGUUCCAGGUGGCCUUUGGAAUCGUCUUGUUCUUCUUCCCUUGUGUCUACAGGGAUGAACUGGGCACCCAUUUCUAUUCAGCCGCACUGCUGAUCCUGGCAGGCAUCCUCACCCUUGCAGCAGAUAAAGCCAACAGCUUAUGUCUGGUGAAAGCCUGCCUUGUCAUAUAUAUUGUCUGCGUAAUCGUGGUGGCAGUGAUCAACAUUUUCUACCUGAUAGAUUUACUGUAUGACCCCGUUAACAGGAAUAUCAGAUGUUCUAGAACAGAUCCUUUUUGUGAAAUGCUGCAUCAGAUUGCGGUUUGUUGUGCAGGCGUACGUGGCAUUGUCCUAGUUUUAACUUCUCUCGGAUUCUUUAUUGGUGUCUCUAUGGCAGCCUUCGGAUGCAAAGCUGUGUGUCGCCAGAGCUUAGAGGACGAUAAUGUGCCCAUUGCUGGAUCAAGGCAUUUUCCCAGUUCAACUGAAGUAGUCAGAGAGAUUCAGUCCUAAGAAGUUUGCUCGUGGAUCUGAAUCCUAAGCACCUGGAACUGGAAGAACCUCAUAACACAGCUGUCCCGACUCGUCCCUUUCCACCUGCUUCACGAAUACACGGAGGAAUUUUGUGCUUCCCUGUCUUCUGCUAACCUGCUGUUUGCCAAACUCCUGGGCCCAAACAUUACAUGGUCCCCAUGCUGUAUUUUUAACAUUAACCCGCCUUUCUGAAAUGUAAGCUUUGAAAGGCAGGUGAGUGCAUUAAACUACGACAGUGCACUUGCAGCUCACAGAAACCCUAGAAUUGCUUUACGAUGGCCAUGUGUAAAGUCAAAUGUAAUUUCCCUUCUUUGCUUUUAAAGAACUAUCUUACAACCGCAAACACUGCAUGUAGCACAUGAGGCUUUUUUUUGUUUGUUUUCAGGGGGCUUGUGUGUGUGUGGGUCUCCUCAUUUUAUUUCCUGUCCUAACAUGCUUUGAUGUAGCCAGAGGUCUUUUGCAGAAAGCACAAUACUAACCUAUUUAAAAUGCUGUCCUAUGCAGUUUUACUCAGAGGUGAACAAUAAAUAAAUAAAAUCAAAAGGCUGCUGUUGCCGCAACACAACAAAGGGUUUUCCAAUAGGA